AUGGCAGUCGGCCGGUUUGUUGAAGCUGAUAGGAGCUCAGUUGCCUUGGCUGAGGUUGAGGGGACUGGGGGAGGAGCGGGAAGAUGGGGAGCGGGGGGAGGUUUAUAUGGAACGGUCAAGCGUGUACCAGGUGUAAGUACGGAUGUCGAAGAGCUAAAGAGUGUAAUUGCUGUCCCUGGUGUUGUGAACAAUGUCAGGGUGGAAGAUGCGAUGAUUCCUUUCGUCUGCAAGCCUUCAAUAUGUGAUGUCCAAUGUAAAGGCAAGGAGAAGACAUGUGAAUGUGAAUGUUGUCAACGGAAAUGUAGAAACCAAGAAGCUCAAGUCUGCAAACUCCCCGAUCCUUCCACCGCUCUUCAGUCUCAGUCCGACAGUCAAGCGCUGUCGUCCGGUCAUCCCACUGAUGAAAAUGACGCUGACGGCUCUGAUACAGAAGAUUCUUCCGGUCAUCCCCCUCCCUACCCCGCCAUCGCCGCCGUCGUCGUUGCCAUCAUCGUCGCCAUCAUCCUGCUCGACCUGUGCAUCUUCCGCUUCCCGGUGGGCCGCAACAUCCGCGAUUUCCUCGUACGCAAGAUACCGUUCUGCAUCGCCUUUUACAGCUGA